AUGGCGCCUAUGUCUGAGGAGGAUCUGGAAUGGUUCAAAUCCACUUUUCGCCCCAUUCCGAAGCCAGAGCUCCCCGACGAUGCUGUCGAAUAUUCACUCUACUAUAUUCCCUCCGGCCCCGCCCCCACUGUCACCGAUGAAGUCGCAGAGACUAGAUCGCGAUUAGUCGAGGUACAGCGGACUGCAGCAGAAUUGACAAAGGAGCUCUUAAAGGACUAUAUUUGGCAGCGUGAAGGCUUCAAAUUGGAGAUCGCAAAAGAUGAUGGAAUCACAUUCUUACGGGGGCGCACAAACUUCGGGGAUUCGAUUGAAGACGAAUGGGUGAUUGUAUAUCUUCUUCGGGAAUUGACCAAGAAGCACAAGGAUAUCUGGGUGAAGGUCGUGGACAGUGACGGGCAGUUUCUCCUUGUAGAAGCAGCUGGUGCUCUCCCAGCCUGGCUGGAACCCGAGGUGGCAGAGAACAGAGUAUGGAUAAACCAAGGAGAACUUGUUAUCAUCAAACCCAAGAACGAGAACCUUCGCCGAGUGACGGAAAAGCUAUCCCUUGCUGAUUCAAGGAAAAUCAUCAAAGAAGAACCCAAGCGACUUAUGCGCUCUCCGAUGAUCCAAGAAGAAGCUUUCUAUCGUUUGCGAAACUAUCCCAAGCAGAUCAGCGAGAACCUCCAUUCAGCGCUUGUCAUUAUUCCUCGAAAGGUCGCAUUUCUCCUACAUCAGAAGCCAGCAUACAUUUCAGCAGCGGUGGAGGCUUUCUAUCUACGAGAUCCAAUUGCAUUACGGCCCCUCAGAUCCAAAGACACUAGUACCUUUAUCUUUAAACCUGAGGAUUUUGUCACAGUCAGCGUACGGUUCACCCGAGUCGGUUACGCACAACUCAAGAGCCAGGACUUCCCAGCUCCAAAGUCCUGGGUUGGGAAGCUUCCCCCUACAGAUGAUCGAACGGCAUAUGAGCGGGCAGAGGUGGGGAUGAAGCUUUCUUGUGGCUUUGAGAUGCUUCUCACAGAUCCGCAGAAUCAAGACAAGGCUUCCGUAAGAGAGAUGAAACUUUUGCUGGAGGAUGUGGAAACCGGGGAUGAAAAUCUACCCACGGAUGAAGAGAUCGCCACCUGGGAUAAGCGCCAAGAUGAUGAAAAAUGGCUGGAUAUCAACUUCGAGGAUUUGGACCGAGAGUUGAAGGGCAAGGGCAAAGGUGACGAUGCAGAGGCCAGGGGAGCAUUUGGAGACUCAAAUGCCCAGGAGAACCUUCAACGCAUCGUAGCUCAAUUUGAGAAAUUCCUGAACGAUGAAUCUGCUGGCUUCGAGGGAGCUGAUUUCAUUGAUGACUUUGACUCGGAUUCCGACAAUGGCGACGACGACGAUGAAGACGACUUAAGUGAUGAGGCAGAGGACAAGGAAGCAUCUUUUGACGAGGAGGAGUUUUCAAGGAUGAUGAAGGAGAUGAUGGGCUUGCCGUCCUCCAUGCCCACCAUGCCACCCCUUCAGGGCCCGUCCAAGCAACCAUCCGCUUCCCGGGGCCGGGUGGAGGAAUUAGAUUCAGAGUCAGAAGACGACUUGGAGAAAAUCCAAAAACUCUCGGCACAGAUGGAAGCAGAGCUUAAGGGCACGGGUGUGCUCGAUCUACGCCGCCCCAAGCAAUCCACAGGAAAGCAAGCCAUAUCUGGGAAAGACCAGGACGAUAAAAAUGAUCAGGGUGAGGCAGACGUCGACGAAGAAGAUAUCAAUAUCAACCUCGCCAGAAAUCUGCUGGAGAGUCUGCAGGGCCAAGGUGGCGCUGCAGGCCCAGCAGGAAACAUGUUGUCAAUGAUGAAUUUGCCCACGCCUAAAGACGAUCGCCGAUGA